CCGCAGGCAGCCAGCCCCGGCCGCCGCACCAUGUCCGCCGACUGGUUCCGGCGCCGCUUCCUGCCUGGGGGUCCCCUCACUGCGCCGCGGCCGCCUCGACCUCGCGCCAGCCCCGUGCCCUACCGGCGGCCCCGCUUCCUGCGCGGCUCUGGCUCCAGCACCAGCACCGCCGACGCCUCGCGCCGCCCGGACGCCCGGCCCCGGCCGGUGCGUAGCCCCGUGCGGGGCCGCGCGCUGCCCUGGAACGCAGGCUACGCUGAGUGAGUGCCUAGCCCCAGGCGGUCCCCGCCGGACACUCCCGCUCCUCUUAUUCUGAGGCCCCGACCCCCCCACCUCUGUGAUCCCGCCUGGGGUCCCGCGCUGUCAGAUAAAACAGACCAAACCGAGGGAGGGACCCUCGCCCCCUCAACCUGUGGUUAACUACCUCUGGUCCCCUUUCCGGACUUUUGACAACCUCCCAUAUCGACCAGAGGUCGAGAAGUACCUGAACCCCUGGGGCUUCCAAAAGAGGAUCAUCAAUGCAGAGAAAUCUGAGUUCAAUGAGGAUCAGGCAGCUUGUGGGAAGCUAUGCAUCCGGAGAUGUGGGUUUGGGGUUGAAGAGGACCAAGAAUGGCUGACCUUGUGUCCAGAGGAGGUCCUGACAGGUCAUUAUUGGGCACUGUUUGAUGGGCAUGGCGGUCCAGCUGCAGCUAUCCUGGCUGCCAACACCCUGCACUCCUGCCUGCGCCGGCAGCUAGAGGCUGUGGUAGAUGGCAUGAUGGCCACUCAGCCCCCCAUGCAUCUCAGUGGGUGCUGCAUCUGCCCCAGUGACCCCCAGUUUGUGGAGGAAAAGGGCAUUAGGACAGAAGACCUGGUGAUUGGGGCUCUGGAGAGUGCCUUCCAGGAGUGUGAUGAGGUGAUCGGGCGGGAGCUGGAGGCCUCAGGCCAGGUGGGCGGCUGUACUGCCUUGGUGGCUGUGUCCCUGCAGGGAAAGCUGUAUGUGGCCAAUGCUGGGGAUAGCAGGGCCAUCUUGGUGCGGAGGGAUGAGGUACGGCCCCUGAGCUCUGAGUUCACCCCAGAGACCGAGCGGCAGCGGAUUCAGCAGCUGGCCUUUGUCUACCCUGAGCUUUUGGCUGGUGAGUUCACCCGACUGGAGUUCCCUCGGCGACUGAAAGGGGAUGACUUGGGGCAGAAGGUUUUGUUCAGGGAUCACCACAUGAGCGGCUGGAGCUACAAGUGCGUGGAGAAGUCGGAUCUCAAGUACCCAUUGAUCCAUGGACAGGGUAGGCAGGCUCGGUUGCUGGGAACACUGGCUGUCUCGAGGGGCCUAGGAGACCAUCAGCUCAGAGUCCUGGACACAAACAUUCAGCUCAAGCCCUUCUUGCUCUCUGUCCCACAGGUGACUGUGCUGGAUGUGGACCAGCUGGAGCCACAAGAGGAGGACGUGGUUGUCAUGGCAACUGAUGGGCUCUGGGAUGUCCUGUCCAAUGAGCAGGUGGCAUGGCUGGUGCGGAGCUUCCUCCCUGGCAACCGAGAGGACCCACACAGGUUCUCGGAGCUGGCUCAAAUGCUGAUACACAGCACGCAGGGGAAGGAUGACAGUCCUACACAGGAAGGGCAGGUGUCCUAUGACGACGUUUCUGUGUUCGUGAUUCCCUUGCACAACCACGACCAAAGGCGCGGUAGCCACUGAGGAUUCAGACAUUGUAUCCCAGAUAACUUAAGGGCCAGAUGCAGCGUGUGCAUCCCUCCUCCAUGGUCAAAAGCAAGUCUGCCUGCUCUGCCCCUAGAUACAGCCCCAACCCCAACCUAUUUCAAGGGAAACAUUUCUACCAGGCAGUCAGAACUGGAGGAACAUGGAGAGUCUGGCUCCCCAGGUCCCCCGCUGUGGCAGGCAAGGAAUGAGUACUAACGUCAGUGAUUAUGUCUGGCAAAAAUUUACAACUUAGGAAACCAAUGUGAGGCUCCUCAGACAGGAUCCUUAACAGCCCAAUAUAUCAUUCCCAGAUGAGGAGUUAGAUGACGGGCGUAGGCCAAGAAUGCCAGGAAGGGCAGCCUGCCUGUGUUUGGAUCCAGGUCUCUAAGCCAUGAAUGUUAGGUUAUCUACUACAAAACCCCCAAAGCCAGUGGCGGCUGCCUCAUAUCUUCUAAACAGCCAUGUUGAAGCAGGCCCUGGGGAAGAGACCAGCUCAGAUCCCUACCCUCAUGCCCUCUGGUCUAGAGAGGUACAGGGCUGGAGGGUAGCUGGGGGAGAAUAAAGAAACAAGGGGGCCCUCGAGUUGGCAGAGCGAUGAAUCUCCUGAUUAUUGCUCCUGCCUCUAACCUAGUUUCCUGAUUUCUCCACUCUGGCCCCAGCCCUGCCCUACACUGAUGCCAACAAUGCCAUUUUGUUGUUCCCCAUCACCUCCCUAUUAAAUGUUUGUGUGAAGAA